AUGUCUUUUUGCUCAUUUUUUGGUGGCGAGGUCUAUAAAGACCAUUUCAAACCAGGUGAGUAUUUCUGUGACUAAGCAAAUUUCUGCUUUGAUUGGUGUUGUAACUUGCUCUUGUUUCAGGAUUAAAUACUACAGGCAAAUCGGUUAUUUAAUCUGCAGGUUAGGCUACUACUCUUGUGUUAUACAAGGUUUGUAUAAAAACCUCACUACAUCUAAAAUAGCCAUUACAUUUGUUAUAAUGCAAUUUAAAUAUCUUGUUACAUACAUAAUGUGUAUCUUUCCUUAAUGAAUACUUAACCCUCUACACCCCUCUACCUGGUUCCCUCCAGGUAUGUAUGUGUGUUCUCAGUGCAACAACCCGCUGUUCUCCAGCAGGUCUAAGUUCCCCCACUCCUCCCCGUGGCCUGCCUUCACUGAGACCAUCAAAGAGGACAGUGUCACCAAGAUGAUGGAGUCACUCACAGCCUUCAAGGUAGGCUGACUCUCCUAGAGACUUACAUGACUAUCCUAGAUUGUGCCUCUUAACACAAUCUUAAAUGGCUGUAAAUAUCAGAGUUGACCUUUUAAUGGGAUAGUUCACCCCAAAAUCACAGUGUCUCUUCCUACCUCAAUAGUGGUGUAAUGUUGUGGUAAUGGUGUCCAGGUGCUUUGUGGGAAGUGUGGUAACGGACUGGGCCAUGAGUUUGUCAACGACGGUCCAGAGGAAGGCAUCUCGCGCUUCUGA